UGGUAUUGUUGAGCGCGCGCGAGAAGAAGCUCCAUUCGUUUGCACUGCUGUAGUGUAGGUCUGUUGAGCAGAGUGCGCGGUAGUGAGCGUUGGGGAAAUUGAAAAUUUGGUUGUGUUUGGUGUAUACAUGGCUGUUAGAAGGGGACACAUAAGGUAUCUAAAGGUUUGUGAGGUGCAGAACCAGGGUAACGACAGAGAUUUGCAGCAGCUUAGCAAGGGUGCCAGCAUGAAGGACGCUUAUGACAUCUCGAACGGUUUUGAGAGCCACAUGGGAGAUGAGCCAAAAGAUGCUAAAACGAACCUCAUAGUCAAUUACCUGCCGCAGAACAUGUCGCAGGAUGAGCUGCGCAGUCUGUUCAGCAGCAUCGGUGAGGUGGAGUCUGCCAAACUUAUUCGGGACAAAAUGGGAGGCCACAGUUUAGGGUACGGAUUUGUUAACUAUAUUAACCCUAGUGAUGCAGAAAGGGCAAUCAGUACUCUCAAUGGGCUGAGACUACAGUCUAAAACUAUCAAGGUCUCUUUUGCCAGGCCAAGCUCUGACACAAUAAAAGAUGCCAAUCUUUACAUUAGUGGCCUGCCCAAGACCAUGACACAGAAAGAUGUGGAAGAUUUGUUUACCCAGUAUGGACGCAUCAUAAACUCGAGGGUGUUGGUUGACCAGGCUUCAGGCUUGUCGCGUGGCGUCGCCUUCAUUCGGUUUGACAAAAGAAUGGAAGCAGAAGAUGCCAUCAAAGGCCUGAAUGGUCAGAAGCCCCCUGGAGCAUCUGAGCCCAUCACAGUGAAGUUUGCAGCGAAUCCCAACCAGGCAAAGAACUCUCAGCUGCUGUCCCAGUUCUAUCACACGCAGUCUCGACGCUUUGGAGGCCCAGUGCAUCACCAGACGCAGAGGUUCAGGUUCUCACCAAUGAGUGUCGACCACAUGAGUAGUGUUUCUAGCAUGAACGUGGCCGGGAACUCGACCUCCGGCUGGUGUAUUUUCAUUUAUAAUCUGGGUCAAGAUUGUGAUGAAGGCCUACUGUGGCAGAUGUUCGGGCCAUUCGGCGCAGUCACCAACGUUAAAGUCAUCCGCGACUUCAACACCAACAAAUGCCGAGGCUUUGGCUUUGUUACGAUGACCAAUUACGAAGAGGCAGCCAUGGCAAUCGCCAGCCUAAACGGAUACCGUCUGGGGGACAAGGUCUUGCAAGUCUCCUUCAAGACCACCAAGUCUCACAAGUAAAAGGACAAAGUAUUACUUUUGGGUUCUAAGAACUGUUUUUUGUCCUUUCCCUCCUACAUCCAUGAUUAUCAGAAUAAAAAAACAAAAAUUACUAAUGUAACUUUGUUCAAAUAAAUAGGUUGGUAGUAUUGAAUUAAACUAACCUGCUCAGAAGAGUGGGCUACAUGGCCUAACACUCACUCACAUCUUCAUAUGUUUAAAUAGUUUUGGUAGUGUUUCUCAUCAUUAGUUAAUCAGUAUGAUGCUACGAAGCAUCAAACUCUGAGUAGAUGUUACAUUGGGUCAUAUUGCAGUAUGUAUUGUAUUUCCCAUCACCGUUUCAUAGUGUCGCGUUUGCUGCGAUUGAAUUUUUAAUUUGUGGUGGUUGCGUCCUUGAGUCAGCAAGACAACUCUGGCUGAUUGACCCAGAUGACGGUUGAGGUCGCAUCUCUGCGGCUCCAUAAUUUUAUUCUGAAUAUAAACACGAUUCCACCAUUUUAAGAUCUCGAAUCAUUCAAUUUGCUUUGCUAAUGUGACUCGUUUUAGAAACGGAGCGCGUGCAGACCUUUUUGUAAAUAUUCAUUCAACCACCCAUGUAUCCCACAAGUAAUCUAUCUGAAGUGAUUUAAGUUUGAAGGACCAAAGAAGCUGGAGGGAGUACGCCUUAUUUUCCUGAUUUUAUGCAAAUCUGUUUGAAGACUUUUUGCCGUAGUAGUUUAUUUUGCAGUGAAUGUAUUGAUUUUGUUUGGGAUUCCCAAUUUUUUUUUUUUAUGAAAAACCGCUUGUGUUACUAUAAACACAACUUUUCUGGGUCAAUUUUUUUUUUUUUUUUUUUUUAAUCAAGUGUAAGGCAACUCUCCCAAAGUGGAAUUGGUCACCGUUUCAUUGAGAAUGUAUGACAGCACUUGUCCUCACACAAGCUGUUUUAGCAUUUAUGUAGUUUGGUGGGGGGGGGAAGCCGUUCUUUUAUUGUCAGUAAUUCCUUGUUUUUCUACUUGUUUUGUAACGUAGUCUGCAACUUACAAACUGUACAUAUUUUGCCAUGCUUGGUGUGCAAUUCAGCUUAGUAUAAUGAAUAACCCUGAAUAGUAUACAGAAUAUUAAACAUUUAUUGAUGUAUUAUUAUUUUUUUUUAUUUUUUUGUUUACGAUCACAGUAGACAGUGACGCCUGUCUAGUGUAGGUGUUGAAUUCAUUUCUAUGUUUAUUUUUCCAUCAUAUGCAUGUUCAUUUGAUGUUGCUUAGCUGUAGCUUUGACCUCACGCAGUGUGUUUCACAUCUGUCUACUUCAUCAGAAGUAUGCUCUGAGCUCUUGUGGUAUAGAUCUUUUUAUGUAUUUACAAAUAAACACCAUUUGUUGUAAAUGA